AUGUAUUUUUUGAGAUCGAAUAAACCUGAUAUUAGAGAUGAUGGUGCAUGUGAAGUCGACAUGAGUGAAAUAUUAAACAGUGACGUGAUUAAAAGUGCAUUCAGCGAAGCUAUACGUACUGCGAUGAGUGAGGUGGUCGCAAAAAUGAAGGAUUUGCAUGAUGAGGUGGUGAUGCUGCGCGAGUCAAAUGUGGAGUUAAUCAACCUACUGACAAAUAAAGGUGCUAUGCAUAAUAUCGCACAUCCGAACAAUCCAAUAGGUCACAGCAAAACAUCUGUUAAUUGUAACGCUGAAGAAACUAAACAUCCAGCAGUAGGGAACAAAAACAAAAACGAAUCAUCACAAAAAACUAGCAACUAUAAAAAAGAAAAACCAGAACAAAAGUAA